AUGCUGCUGGUGCAGCAUCCACGCAGCAGCGUGUCCUCUCUGCUCCAGGGAGGUUCGUCUUCUUGUGGUCCUCGUCACGAGCGGUUGGUGGCAGCACGUUUGCAGCCGAUUUUUAGGAUUGCGUCGUCUACUGUGCUGGUUCUUUCCAGAAAUAAAGCACCUGAAACCUGCUCCGCUGCGACUCCGGCGAAGCAUGAAGCAGCUCACUCGCUGAAGUUCAUGGUGUCGAGGAAGAAGGGCUUUGCAACAUCAAUCAGGCACAAGAAUGACAGCACUUGUUCCCCAGGCAUGCUCAAACAAGCCGAUGAACACGAAAAAUCUGCAGCACGUGGUGCACAACCACAUCAAGCACAAAAAAUACAACGACACGGCGCGUCGGAGGCUUUGGAGUUUAUCCAGAAGGAGAGGAGCGCUCGCUUCCGGAUCGAGGGCAUCAACUGGGCAGCGUUUGGGCCCUCGUCCUCGUCCUCCACCAAAAGGAAGAAUCCCCCCACCCCAUAUCGAAAACGAAAUUUGUGAUGCUGUAUUUGAGUACACAUAGUCGACUUGUACUGCUAGAAGGCCAAGAGCCUCAGUUGUGGCCUCGUUUGCAGGCAAUUUAUCAUGUUGUUUCCCAGUUCCAGCUGCCUCCUGUCAUGCUGACGAUGCAGGGCUUUCCCACGCCACCCAGGACUACAGUCCGCAUCUUUUUCUUUUCCCUUCUAGCAUAGGAAAGCUGAUUUGUGACCAUAAACCUUCAUCACAGAUUUCCGCUGUGAUAUGGGGAGGGGGGAUUUUUCUUCUUGAUAUCCUCGUCUUCAUCGUCAUCAACACUUAUUUGUUCAUCGUCCGAGGCGAAGACGACAGCAUCAGCAGCAGAAUAUCCACGAAAAAACACACAUCCACAUCCAAUUUGUCAUGCAAAACACGCGUGAAGUCGUGUGUUUGUCAUGCAAAAAAUGGAUGUGAAUGGGUUUUUUUCUGUGGAUACAGAAGGCUCCUCCGCAACGUCGUCUCGUUCUUCCCCGCCCACAAGAGGCGGAGCGACAGUGUUAGACCAGGCACCUAUAAUACAACAACCUGGGGUGGAAGUUGUAGACCGCAGCCCAGUGGAACCACGACGAAGACACUCAUCUCUUGUCAAAAAUGGUCCAGGAGCAACACCCUCCUCACCUCCAGCAAGCAGGGUCAACCUCAAACUCCGCCCCCAGACCACGGCGCAACAGCGGGAAAGCCUAUCGAGGCAGAACUACGAGCUAAUUGGGUCCCACUCCGCAGUCAAACUCUGUCGCUGGACGAAAAACGCGCUGAAGCACUUAUCCAGGAAGAAACACCCAUCCACAUCCAAUUUGUAAUGCAAAACAUACAUAAAAUUCCGUGUCUGUCAUGCAAAAAGUGGAUUGGGAUAGUAAGUUUUUUUUCUGUGGAUAGCAUUAUGGCCAGUGCUACAAGCACACGUUCUACGGCAUCGAAUCGCACAAGUGCAUGGAGAUGACGCCGAACUAUGCAUUGCAAAUAUCCCUGGAUGUCUGGAAGGUUGCAAGAACUUGUGAUGCUGUGCUUGGAUUCCAAAGACAUCUGUAUUGCAUGACCAGCAAACGGAGUCCAGUUUGUGCUACGCGGGCAGGGCGUUUGUCGUGCGGAAUAGGCAUCAGGAAGGGUGUUAAAAAUCUGUGAUGGUAGGGCAUACAUCACAGACAAUCAUGGGUCUUCACGCAAAACAUGCAUGACAAGCCUUGCAAUCUCCGAGAUGACCCAAACAUAUUUGCGGUUGAUACGAACCUGGCCUGCGCGAAUAAAUGCGUGUUUUGCUGGCGGAACCACACGAAUCCGGUGACGACAAAGUGGAAAAAGGAAUAUGAGACGGACGAGCCGGAGUUUGUGCUGGAAAAAGCUCUGGAAUUGCACAGCAAAAAAUUUUAUGCAUUGCAAAAGUAUCGUACUAGUAUAAAUGCAUUACAAAUUUCCUCAGCAUGAGAAAUAAAAUUUGUCAUGGGGAUUUACCUUCGGAAAAAAAUUUGUAAUGCAUAACUGCGAUUACUACGAGUACGAUACUUUUGCAGUUCAUAAAUUCAUCAAGCAGGUGGUGUCCGGCUUGAAUGUAAACCACCAGUAUCGCAAGAAAAAACUGUUUCACUGUAAACUUGUCAUGCAGAGAAUGGAACACAGAACUAUUUGUCUUGCUACACAUGCAAGGCAUUGGGUUUUUCAGCGUGUUUUAGUUUUCCCUUGGGAAGCGCGCAUGGCAAAUUGUCCCUGUCAUGUGUAGCAAACUUGUGAUGCGGAUCUUGCAAAACCAUCACAGAGAGGCAGUUUUUUCGUGGGAUAACCAGCACACAGCGGGUAGUACAAGAGAAGACCGAUCCGUUGUUACCGGAAGUACUAGAGCUGUGGUCUCUAGUAUCACGAGAAAAAAGUGUUACAGUUACACAUUUGUUGGAGUUUCUGCAUCACAAAUUUUCUCUGUGUGGCAGAGAAAACUUGUAAUGCGAAGAUCAUAAGGGAAAACAGGAAGGAAACGAGGAUCCGAAGCAUUUCCUGCAUGAGAAAGGUCGUCUCUGUUGCUAGUCUUGCAUGACAAUGUGUAACUGUAACACUUUUUUCUUGCGAUAUCUAGUACCCGGGUGUCAGAGGUGUUUGCGGCGACCGCAUCGGGGCGUGGAACAUAUGAAGUGCAAAAGUAUCGUACUAGUAUGAAUGGCAUGACAAAUUCCCUCAGCAUGACAAACGCAAGUUGUCAUGCUGAUUUGCCUUGGAAACGAGAUUUGUAAUGCAUGACCGCAAUUACUACGAGUACGAUACUUUUGCACUGGGUAGAACAUCACGCGGAACAGGUGCAGUGGGAGUGCAAGCACAGGGAGAUGAAGAUGUAGUUGCGGCAAACCACGAUGAUGAUGAAUUUUCAACACCACGAGACAGCACCCUGACACAGAGUAGAUCCCCACAAGAAGUUCUUCCCAAGAUGACAAUCAGUCAAAACCCCGGUGGAGUGCGUCACUGCGCCCUCUCUCUCGUUGGCGAGCCGGUGCUGUAUCCGCACUUGCCGAGGUUGUUGAAGCUGAUGUGGCAAAAAAGGAUUUCCACGUUUCUCGUUACGAAUGGCCAGUUUCCCGACUCGCUAAUAACCCUUGCAGAGGUAUCCCAUGAAAAAAAGCAGGCAGGGCAUAUCUGUGAUGCAAGAAUAAACACACAGAAAAUUUUGUCAUAGGCGGCCCCGUAGCAUGCUGUUUAGGGUAUGCAGUGCAGAUAUUCAUAUUUUUGUGAGUUUAUUUUUGCAUUACGAAUGUGACCUGCCUGCUUUUUUCUGUGCGAUAAGAGGCCCAGGAAAAAGCAAACAACACCUUCUGCACGCAGCUUUACGUGUCCGUAGACGCGAGCAACGAGCCUGAUUUGAAAAAAGUCGGCCGCCCACUGUUUGCGGAUGCCUGGCAGAGGUUGCAAAAAUCUCUGCAGAUUUUGCGCACGGAGUUUAGUCGAAAGGGGUCGAAAACAAGGACGGUUUUACGGUUGACGUAUUUGCUACAACAAGAUGAAGGUCGGGGGCCUCAUCGUGAUAAAGAAAAGACAGCGACUGAAAGUGAAACUUCUGUGUCGGAAAUUGUGGGUAGAACCAGUCCUAAUAUAAAUCCUAGUACAAGGCACCGUGCCUAUCAAAUGCAAAAGCCUCGUAGUCGUACUAGUAUAAAUUGCGAUUACAAUAAAUUAGCUCAGCAUUACAAAUGAAAUUUGUAAUGCUGUUUUACCCUCGGAAAGAGAUUUGUCAUGCAUUGUAAUAGCAAUUACUACGAGUGCGAUACUUUUGCAGUUCAUAGUGCCGCCGAGUUUGCGCAUCUCCUUCUCACCGCGGAAGCGGACUUCAUCGAGGUGAAAGGCGCGACGUUCGCACCGCAAGUUUUCGAGAAGCACGGCAUGAGCCAGAAGAAUGUACCGACGCACUCGGACGUGUGCGAGUUCGCGAGGUUAUUGCAGGAGGAAAUCAAUCAGGCGAUAGCGGAACUGCAUCGAAAUUCUAAGCAAGUUCUUGCAGAGGCCGCACAUGACGGCGCUUCACCGGAAGAUGUUCUCGGCUGCACCAGCAGUGCUUCCGAUUCCGCCUCGUCUCACCUCCAGUUCUUCCAAUACGGGUUAGCGGCGGAGCACCACCACAGCUGCGGGGUACUGCUGGCGAGGAAAGACCGCUGGCAGUGUCCGGAUAUGCAUUGCAAAAGCAUCGUACUGCUUGUAGAAAUUUUUGCACGAUAAAUUUUAUUGCCACGAAGAAAAAUACAGUUUUCCAUGCUGAAUAAGAUAAAAACUCAUAGAUUUGUCAUGCAUCACCGCAACUACUACGAGUGCAGCGACAGUGCUUUUGCAUAGGAUAUCGGAAACUGGACGGUGGAAUACGUGGAUCGACUUUGACAAGAUUUUCGAAAGGGAAACUUGUCAUGCGGAAACUGCAUCAGCACAUAAUACGGGCGAACAAGAGGACCACAGCAGCCCCACAAUAAGCAGAGCGCUGUCAACAACAUCACAGGCAGCGACGUCAAGUGCCUCAACAGAUCCAAUACAGCAUGACACGUCGCGGUCCCGGCCCACACCUGAAUGGGCGUUGUAUGGAAGUAGUGAAAAAGGCUUGAGUCCGGAGGAUAGGAUGAAGAGAAGUGGGAGAAGGCCGGAUGACGUCCAGCAGAUGGAAGCUGCACACUAG